CUCAGGAAACACAAUCCCGAGAUCAACUGGGCCAAAGGGGAGUGGAGGUACACCAGGUGCCCUGAGAGCUGUGCCCCCAAAGCUCGUAAAACUAAUCAUGAUCCGGAGGACCUACAAAUGGCAGAAUUUGUCGCAAGCAUUCUGAACAAGGAUGUUGAGGAGGAGGAUGCGGACACCACUAAGUGGAAGUCUCUCAUCCCUGAAUAUCUACACGAGUUCGGGGAUGUAUUCUCACAAAAGAAAUCGGAGCGGAUGCCGGAGCGCAAACCAUAUGAUCAUGGUAUUGACUUCGAGGAA